AUGGAUCUAGCUGUAAGUUGUUUUUUAAAUAAUUUUUUGUUUUAGGUUGCUUUUUAUGAACUUUUUUUUUAAUAAUUUUACGGUGUAAAUUAAGGUUAUUUUGUAUUUUUAGACUUUUUACGAAGAAGAAGACAAAUUAGCCGUAAGAUUGACAGCUCAAAAGGUUCGGGAGAUAUCAGAAAAGCUCAUUAGUGGUAUCAGAGAAUGUUUACAACACACUCCACGAGACAUUCGACGAGCUCAAUGCUUCGCUUUACAAUUGAGACAGCUGAACAGGCAUUCAAACUACAGGUUGAAGAAGCUCAAGGAUCAGCUCGGGGAAGUGAGAGGAGAUGCUGAACAAGCUGCUUUAGCUCAGAAUAAUUUGGCUAGUGAGAUUUCACACAUUAAACGAAGUAUCGCUGCGUGUUUGGACUUUAAGUAAGUGUUUUACAUUGUUUCUCUAACUUUUAGGUAACUUUAGUGUUGUUUUAUGGUUGUUGGAAAUAAUUACAGCUUGACUUUGUUUACUCAUGCUUGGUUUCAGUUUUUUAUAAAAAAAACUAUAAAUUUGGAAGAAACUUUGAUUCUUAUAUUGUUUUACAUUACAGAUCUCUAGACCAAGAGUUGGAGCUGGUUCCGCUAGAAGAAUUCAAAGAAAAAGCUGGUGAAUGCAUGGAAUUGACAGAAGAAACGCUUGCAGAUCCUCAUAAGCUGUAUUUAGCUCGGUUAAACUAUGAAAUUUAUCAAAGGAAUGCGUAAGUUUAUGUUCUUUCUAGUAUCAACUAAUAUAAGACAAAAAUUACUAAUUGUUUAGACGUAUAAUCUUUUCUGAAUUUUAUUCUUAAGAUGAACCUUACUGAUUAAUUGUUUUUAGAAUGGUAGAAUCCUUACAAGAACUUGAUGGACGACGAAACGUUUUGGCGAGCGAUAUCAGUGGCAAAGAGCACCGGCUAAAACAAAUAGAUCCAAUAGUUGUAAAGCUACAGGAAACUACAAAGGAGCUGAUUGAGUUACUGGGAGUGCCAUAA